UACGCGCUGUACCCUAAUCAACAUCGGUUCUCGUAAUGGCCAUAGCACCGGUGCCCCUGCUGUUUGUUUGUCUUGGGCUGUGUCUGGGAACGGCCUUGGCACAGACGGUGCCGUCCCACAAUUGCGGGGACCUGUUCACCUAUAUGCGUCGAGGGGAUGGUUCAAUCAUAGGUGUUUUUACACCCCUUCAGGACGGCCUCACAAGUCUCGAUUGGAGCGUUGUGUUCACGGCGCACGGCACUAGUCAGGCGCAUACUGUGAGCAGCAUGGGCGGGUAUCCCGACAAACAGCAAGCAUUCGAAAAGAUGCGAAGUGGGGGUAGGGGGCAGGCCUUUGUGAGCUUCCAGAACUACGGCAACGAGCUGCCCAAGCUGAUCAAGGUGGAGCUCAAUGGUCACGUCUAUUGCAGUGCCUCAGAUUAUGAUGCCCCCUCCAGUACAAUGACACGUGGAUGGAAGGCGUCUGUCACGGGCAGUAGACCAAGUGUUCCUGUGACGAUGCCCCCGCGCUUCACUUAUAGCUCGCGAGCACCUACCAGCACUGGCAGCAAUCCAUUCCUUAAUAGAUCCAGAACGGGAACGCAGGCUUCAGUCGCCCCACGAACUGAUCCGGACUUUGCGGAGUGCGGCGUGGAAGGUUUUGCGGCUGCCCAGGCCGGAGGGGAGGUCAUAACCAGAGGUCGAUUCCCCUGGCUGGGUGCCCUCUACGAAGACAACGGCCCAACGCUGAAGUACAGCUGCGUGGUAUCGUUGGUGUCUAAGCGUACGGUGAUCACGGCGGCUCACUGCAUCCACGGAAAGAAAGCCCUGGACCUUUGGGUCUAUGUGGGACGUCAUGACCGUAACACGCAUCCCGAGAGCGGAGCCACACUGAUCCGUGCUUCGAGUACGCGCACGCCAUCGCAGUACGACGGCAACCCAGUGCCCGACUCGGACGUGGGUAUCGUGGUGCUCGACACUGAGGUUGAAUACACAAACUACGUGCGACCCAUCUGCCUGUGGACAUCGCGCAUGGGACUGCCAGCCAAUGAGGGCGACAUGGGGGCCGUGGCCGGCUGGGGCCUAGACGAAAAUGCCGUCGAGACGCGAUACCCCAAGGCCGUAAAUGUCCGCGUAGUGACCCGGGAGCAGUGCCUAAGUGACAUGAAGCGUGCGGAGGACUUCAUCACUCCGAACACUCUAUGCGCCGGCAACAGCAAUGCCCACGGACCCUGCCUGGGCGACUCUGGUGGUGGUCUGAUGAUCAUGCGCAACGGCCGCUGGACACUCAGGGCCAUCGUCGCUCUGGCGCCGCGGAAGGGAUUGAUCUGCGAUCUCAGGAAAUAUGUUAUAUACUGUGACGUUGCCAAGCACCUUACAUGGAUCGAAAGCAACAUAGUGCAAUAGAACUGGACUGGAGUGAGUGAUGAGUGAGAGAAUAGAUAAGAGAUUAAUGCGAAAUAAACAAGUCUCAAUCGAA